AACUUUGUGCCUUCAGAGGAGAGUUGUGUUCCACAGGGUUGUGUUUGUAGUCUUUUAAAAGUACGGCUGUUCGGGAGUUCAUCCUUCUAAGCAGGAAAACUGUCCUCACUUCCUUUUUUUGUUAGCCUGAGUAAUAAUCUGCAGCGUGGAGAAUGUUUUGCAACUGGAGUCUGGUAAUCUCUUUUAAGCAUAUUGGAAAAAAGUUUCUGUUUAGAUGUCAGAGAAGACUCGUUUGAACGAUGUGCCCAGACUUAUUGAUAGAGGCUCCUCGGGCUGUGUUUCCGAUGAAGUGUCCUGCCGUCUGGAUGCAGCAAGCCACUGGGUGAAUGUCACAACUGUUGAAUGACCUAACCUUACAGCAGCUCACCACAAAAAGAAUUUUAAAAAAGCUUCAGAAGCCACUCUGAGCUACAUAGCUUUCUGCUAAUGUAUCACUGUGUUACUUAUUGUCACCGUUACUGCAUUGCAAGUCUUCUGCAUUAUUGCUAGCUGUAGGAGUGGGAAUAUUGUUCAGGUUUAAGCUGAAGGCUCUAUUCAGUUUAACCUUUGUACCUUAGUAUGUGUCAUCUCGUUUAACUAAGUGAAUUGUCCUCAUGACUGCUCCCCAUAUAAUUUAGGAGGAUAUAUUUUAUGGUGUCCUGUUUGCUAGUUCUGAUCUAACUAAUUUCUUUAGUAUCGGUGUAAUACAGAGCUAUCUGCUGGUGGUUUGAUGUUGUCCCCCCACAUCCCUGCCCCCUUUCUUUUUUUAUUGGAGUUUCCUUUUUUUGAAUCAACAUUUGAAACUGCCUUCCCAGGUUAUUGUAUGUUUUCUUCCUUGUUCCUCCAGUUGUAAUGGAUAUUUCAUUAAUUUUUCCUGAGCAGUAAGUUAAAUUCAGGUAGUCCAGGUAAGAGGACUUCCAAAAGCCAUAUUAAUGAAGUAAGACUUUGGAUAUAUUAUUGUAAAGAGAGAAUAGAGAAAAAGGCCCCAAAAUGAUUCUCAUUGACUUUUCCAUGUCUCUUGUAUGCAUGUGACUUGGAACACAAUUGCAAACAAAACUGCAGUUUUGGUGUAGUUCUGAAUGUUCGGGGGUUUAGUUUUUUAUAUGAUUGAAACUUUAAUACCAAGUGGAGACUCACACAUUUGUCCAACAAGUGAUGUCAUCAUGACACUGAGUGAGUCCAAAGGAGAUACGGAUUUCCUGGGUCUUUUGGUCCUGGCAGGUGACCGCCAUCUCCUGUCAGUCUUUGGGGGGGCACCCUGUGAAGCUCUGUUCAGCAGGUGCUAAAUUUCUAGCAGGAUGAGGGAAGGACCCAAAUGCCCAGCGUGGCUGCCGCCCAUUGCCAUCUGGAGGUGUGCAAGUGGAUGUGUUCAACGUGUGCUCUGUUCCUGGGUGCAGUCAGGCCAUGGCCUGUAGUUGAGCAGGGGGUGGAUGCUGUGAAGGCAGCUGUGGUAGAGGUUGUUCUGGGAUCGGUCAGUGAAACACGCUGGACUGGCGAGGGCAGGAAUUGCUGGGUUAAGGAACCAUGCAUGUGUAAACAAACACCUGUAUAUGUGGUGCUGUCUGUGUAGGGGUGUGUGUGUACCUGUGUGUAAAUAUACGCGUACGCAGACACAGUCAGGUUAGUAAAGUGCUGUGUGUGCAUAAAGUAAAACUGUUCAAAGAACGGUGAAGACUAGGACUUAGUGCUGUGCUUCCUUGCCUGGCACCUGAGUUGGGCUGUCGUGUGCUUGGUUGCAGGAAAAUAGAGAGAGCAUUAGUGCCUGUGUGUGGACUGAAAUGUGCGGCACGGUGCCUGAAAUGUGCCGAGGAUUGGGAUUUCUCUUCCUUUUGGACUUGGUGUGUUGCCCAGGGUGACUUCCCCUAAAAAAGGGAAACGGUGAGGGCAGAGGGGCUGCUUCUGCAGAGAGCAGCACAAACUAACUUAACAUGGCAUUGCGCAUAGCGGUACCGGGGUUGCAGGCAGCUGCCUGGUGCUGCUGCCAUUUGGAGAGAGCACCAUGCAGGUAUGCAAGCGGCAGCUGCCUCCCUUUGUGUGCUUGGAGGUGAGGGACUCUCCGGUUGUGUCCUGAGCUGGAGAGGCUGGAGGAGAGUGAGGUCGCCUGCUCCCGAACCACUGACUCUGCUCGUGUUGCACGUUAGCUGCUGGGACAUGAAGAGGAAGCGUUUCAAGCACACGAGUGUGCUCAGUGUUAGGACUGGAUCCUGCAUGCAGCCCACGCUCUGAGAGCAGGGUUGGUCCUGGGUCGUGCGAGAGCUCCGUCUGGCUUUGGUCCCCGGUCGUGGUGGGGAGGUUUUGCUGGCAAGAGCCUGCCCCUGCGGCGGGUGAGCAUCUGCAAGAAGAAUGCCUGGCCAGGAGCGCCAAGCCUGCCCAGCAGCACUUGUGCCUGCAUCUCCCCAUUGUCCCAUGAGCAUAGCUGGCCGGCCCUGGAGAACUGUGUGCAGGCAUGUGAGCUGAGGGGCGUGGGAGGGCUUUAGGUGGCUCUGCUGCCCGCUUUGAAACCACCUCCGGUGCUGCUCAGCCAUCCCAGGUGGGAGACCUUGCUGGCAAGCAGGUCUUCUCCUGAAGCGUCCUGCCAGUGCUCUAGCAGCCCGUGGCACUGGGGAAGGUGCUGUCGGAGACUGAAGCAGCGAACUGCUUCCACCUUUACCAGUACCACAGUGGCAGUUGCGUGCUUCUCCGGGUGGAGCAGUCGCCUGGCAAGGAGAAGGGGAGGUGUUGGCGCUGGCUGUGUGCUGCUCCUCCUGUUUGCAGCCCCCGGCUUGCAGGGAGCAGGUUUUACUUCUGUUGGGUUUCUCUCUGAAGAGGCAUCUGUGGAGUCGAGGCGUCGUGCGCCUGUGGGGGCUAUAGGUGAAGAUGCAGGAGCCAGAACUUAUCGCAAAAACACUGCGAGCUGUUCUUCAUCCCUUUAAAAAUGGCAUACCUUUGUCAGAGCUUCAGGGUGAAUACAAAUCCCUGACCGGCGAGUGGAUUCCUUUCAGGCACCUAGGACAUGGCACGCUGGAAGGCUACUUGGAGAGCAUCCCAGGAGUGGUCAGAAUGGAAGGGAACAAAACGGGAGAGGUCAUUUGCCAUGCUGUUGCUUGCAGCGAGACUGUGCCACUUGCUCAACUGGUGGCCCGGCAGAGGAGUUCCAAGAGGAAAAUGGGACGGCAAGUGAACUGCCAGAUGAGACUGAAGAACACAUCUCCAGUCACGUUAGCAGGAAAGCCCAAAGGAACUUUGCGACAGCCCAGAUCUUUGAGCAGGCCAGAAGAAGGCAGCAAGAGGCCUGUUCCUCGCCCGCCACGAGGCAGAGGAGUGGCGUGUGGAGUGGUGAAACCCACUAUGGAGAGUGCCCGGUCUGCCUUGUCUCCAGCCGCCGGGAGUGGACCAUCUAAAGAACUGCCCAUGCAGAGGCACGUCACUGUGGUCAACAGGUCUGAAAAGAGACUAACUGUCCCACCACGGUUUCAAAAGGAGUUGCAAGUUCACCUGUCCAGAAGCUCUUCCAUAGAUUCAAAUGAUAACUUGAACACAUCCAUUGCAGAGACACAUACCGUUGCCUCUGGCCCUUCUGCUUCUCAUGUCAAUGAAGUUCAAAGUCGCAUCAAGGAGAUUCUGAACAAGUGUAGCAGUGGUGUCUGGGUGUCAAAGAUGCCACAGAUCUACCGGGAAAUGUACUGGGAGGAACUCAGCACAGCAGUGCUGCAUCAGCUUGAGAACUGGCCUCAUGUGUGCACAGUGGAGAAAGUACACAGAGGUGAGCAGAUGGAUGGGCUUCUUUAUCCUGCUAAGAAAAUACCACCGAUAGCAAAAAGUGAUACCGAGCAAGAAAAGGCAUCUCGGAAUGUUACUUCUUCAAAAGUAGACCCUUUGUUGAAACCAAAUAUGGAGAGCUCACCUACAUCCCUUAGUAGUGACUUCAAGCAGAAAGUUGUUAACAUCUUGCUGAAGUAUUCCAGCGGUCUUUGGGCUAAUGCGCUUCCCAAAUUGUACCAAGACACUUACCAAGUAAAAUUUCCAGAAGACAUUCUACAUAAUCUUGAGUUGCUCUCAGAUGUGUGUAUAGUGGACUAUGUAUCUGAAGUCCCCAGAAAGGCCAUUCUCUAUGCUAAACCCCAAAGACACAUUGAUGAAAGUCUGAAUGUCACUGAGAAAGUCCAGAAGCAUGAUGGUGUGAAGGCCACAGCUGGACAACAGCAUGAAGAAUCCAAGGACCAGUAUACAGAGAACAUAACUGUUCCUCCUCUAAUCAUUCCAUCAGAAGGAUCUGUGUCCGUCAUGGUGUUAGAACUGAAAAACACUGAUGAGGUCCUAAUUAGGUAUGUGGGCAAAGAUUAUUCAUCCGCCCAGGAACAAAUGGAAGAUGACAUGAAAGUGUACUAUAGUCAGAAUAGUACAGUGUCACCAGCACAAUCUCUGAGCGUUGGGCAACUUGUUGCAGUACACGCUGAAGAAGACGCCUGGUUGCGUGCUCGGAUAAUUUCUCUAGAAGACAACAGAAUAAAGGUAUGCUAUGUUGAUCAUGGCUUCAGUGAGUUUGUUGAAAGCAACAGUGUGUACAAACUACAGAAACAGUUCCAUUUGCUUCCAUUUCAAGCUGCAAAAUGUAAACUGGCAGGACUGGAAGCCUUCUGUGAUGAUCCUGUCCUAGUAAAGGCUGUGGAAUCACAGACAUGCUCCAAGAUAUUUGCUGUGGAAAUACUGGAAAAGAGUGAUAUUCCUUUUCUUGUUCUCUAUGACACUUCUGGGGAAGACGAUAUCAACAUCAAUGCUACUUGUCUGAAAGUAUUGUAUGACAAGUCCCUUGAAUUGCACAUACAGGUAGAUGCACUAUAUACACAUGUCAGAGUAACCAGUGUAUUUUCUGACGGAAGCCUGUAUUGCCAAGUGCCAUCUAAAGGCUUGUCUAGACUCUCUGAAAUCUUGCAGAAACUAGAAGACUACUUCCAUUACAAGCAGACAUCUGAGUUUAAUGUAUCACUACCUUUCUGUGGCAAAAUCUGCUUGUUUCCUUCCAAAGGAAAAUGGGCACGUGUGGAGAUAAGAAUUAUUCAUACUAGACGGGCACUUGAUGUGCAGUUCAUGGAUACUGGAACAGUUGCAACUGUAAAAGUAUCAGAGCUUAGAGAAAUCCCACCACAAUUCCUGAGAGAAGUAAUUGCAAUACCUCCUCAGGCUAUAAAAUGCUGCCUAGCAGAUCUGCCUCCUAACACUGGCAUGUGGACUCCAGAUGCUGUACUGUGGCUGAGAGACACUGUAAUGAAUUGUCCUGAAUUUAGCAUGAAGGUGGUUAAACAGGAUGGUUCAAAGGGAAUUGCACAUGUUUACUUGUUUGCUCCAGAGAAUUUCCCAGACAUGGAUCAUAGCGUCAAUCGACAGAUCAAAAAUGCAGACUUGUGGAAGCAUCAGAAAGAUGUUUUCUUGAGUGUUACACCCAGUGGGACUAGCUCCACAAAAGUGACAGGUGGUGCUGUUUCAGCUCUACAGUUAACUAGUGGAAAGCUAGAGAAGAGUUUCUCUGAUUCAGCCAGAGAACCCAGCAGCGCACUGUCUACCAUUGAUAUGCCUCCACCUCUACCCUUGUCAAAGACUGGUGAGCUCAUGGAUGUCUAUGUCUCAGUGGCCUGCCAUCCAGGUCACUUUAUUAUCCAGCCUUGGAAAGAGCUACAUAAUCUGGAAGCCCUAAUGGAAGAAAUGAUCUUGUACUAUAGCAGGGCAGAAGAGAAACCUGUGAACAUUGAAAAAAACAAGCUGUAUGCAGCUAAAAUUGAAAAUCAGUGGUACAGGGUCAUAAUAAAAGGAAUUCUUAGAAAUGGGUUUUUGUCAGUAUAUGAGCUGGACUAUGGUAAACAUGAGUUUGUCAACAUAGACAAAGUACAGCCACUCGUAGAUACGUUUAGAAAACUGCCUUUCCAAGCUAUAACAGCUCAGCUUGCAGGAGUGAAAAGCCAGCAGUGGUCAGAAGAGGCAUCGAUAGUAUUUCGGAAUCUUGUAGAGAAGAAACCCUUGGUGGCACAAAUACAGGCAGUUAAUGAAAGCACUAACCCUUGGGAUCGAAAAAUAGUGACUUUUCUAGUGGACACAUCGCUUCCAGAUACUGAUAUAUGGAUUCAUGAUUUUGUGUCUCAAAGUCUUGUGGAAUUUUCAAAAGAUGAUUAAUCACCAUUUCUGAAAUGUAGCAGCUCAGAUUCUUUAGCAAUAAGAUAAAUAACAAGCUUUGAAGAGAAAUAUAACUACUACAUGGCCUUGAAGACAUAAAGGUGAUAAAAUUGAAAAAUCUGUGUUCUGUGAAAAGGGUUUGUUUAACAAGUUUGGGUUCUGUUGACUUCAGUUGACUCGCUGAAAAUUUGCACUUUGUUUACCACUGUAAUGCUAGAAUGUUUGGGUGAAAAUAUUAAAAAAGUUAUUUAUCAAUAAAACAAUGUUGACUUUU